UGCAGAAAUAACCCGGGUCCUGAAUCCGGUCCGGAACCGGACCUGAAUUGUCCGGACCGGUCCGGUCCGUUGGAUUCAGGACCGGGCACCGGACGUUGUAAAUUGAUCAUUCCGGAUUCAGGACAGGUCCGGACCAAAACCGGAUAAAUCCGGUUAGAUCCGGUUUGCCCGUUUGAAUUUGAAAAAAAAAAAAAAAUCCCGAAAUCGCGAAAAAGUGGCAAACUAAGGAGUUAGGAAUUAGGGUUUUUCUGUUUCAGACUCUCCUCCUCCCUCAUUCUCUCUCCUCCCUCCUCCCUCCUCCCUCCCUCCCUCAAUUCUAGAUCUGACUAUCCACAUUUACACACGCAGAGCUGCGACGGCGACGCACCACGAGUCCACGAGUACUCACGCAGGCCGCAGCCACGACGCACCUCCGAGGGCUACGAAGCUUCGACUGCGACGAGCCGACGUGUCUCCGGCGAACAGAGUUGGACGAGUUCUUGUAUUCCUGCAACUUAGCAUAUCCAUUGUUUGGUGGGCUGUGUUUUUAUAGAACACUAACAAGAAUCAACCACGGAUUCUUAUUCUUGUAAUAUGGAGAGCUCUCAAUCCAAAAUGCCGGCCUUUUCAGUAGAAAGUGUACAACCACUGACGGAAGUGGAAUUGGAGGAAUUGUGCAAGUCCUUGCCUCCGGAUAAGAAGCUAAAAGAGGGACGCCAAUAUCUCUACAAAAGAAAAAGUAAGAAGAGAGGAACUUUUUGGCAGCACUACAUUGAGUUUGUUGAGGGUGGUACACUAAAAGCUGAAUGUAAGUAUUGUGAUACAACUUUAGCUUGUGAUGGGAAUAAAAAUGGUUCAAAAAAUGUGAAGUAUCAUGCUGAAAGGUGCAUUGGUAAUCCUGAAAACAAAGAUAAGGGUAAAGGGCAACAAACUGAAUUGUUUUUUGAGAAAGAAAAUGAUAGUGGGAAAUUAAACUAUGGGAGUGGGACUGUUAAUCUAAAAGAUGUAAGGGAAGCAUUAGUUCGUAUGAUCAUUAUUGAUGAGCUUCCAUUCAAGCAUGUGGAAAAACCUGGAUUUAAGGCUUUUGUGCAAGUAGGAAUACCUAGGUUUAUUAUUCCAUCUCGUACUACCAUUGCUCGUGAUUGUUUGAAACUUUAUUAUAGUGAAAGGGAAAAGUUAAAAGAAGUGUUUAAGAGUUGUCAAAGAGUUAGUGUGACCACUGAUACUUGGACAUCAAUUCAAAGGAUUAACUACAUGUGUCUCACGGCUCAUUUCAUUGAUAAUGAUUGGAAAUUGAAUAAAAAGAUUAUAAAUUUUUGUCCAAUAUCUAGUCAUAAAGGUGAGGCCAUUGGUAAAGCAGUUGAGGCAUGUCUAGAGUAUUGGGGUAUUGAAGAUAAGCUAUUUACUGUCACAGUUGACAAUGCUAGCUCUAAUGAUGUUGCUUGUGCAUACUUAAGAAGAAUGGUUCAAAGAACAGGUUGUUUUAGUCAAGGAAAAUAUAUUCACGUUAGAUGCAUUGCUCAUAUUGUCAAUCUUAUUGUGUGGGAUGGUAUUAGAGAGCAUGGUGUGUGCAUUGAUAGAGUUAGAAAUGCUGUGAAAUAUAUUAAGAACUCUCCUGCAAGAAUAGAUAGGUUCAAAGAACUUGUGCAAAAGGCUAACAUUGAUAGUAAAUGUUCCUUAUCCUUUGAUGUCCCCACUCGUUGGAACUCCACUUACACCAUGUUAGACACGGCUGUAAAAUUUCAGCGUGUUUUUAGUGGAUUAUCUCUUCCUCAUGGAGAGAAGGAAAAUGAGAAGCCUCCUGAAUAUGAUGAUUGGAAGAAAGUAGAGAGGUUGAUUACGUUUUUGAAGGGGUUUUAUCUUUUGACUCGUCGUAUUUCUGGUUCACUUUAUGUGACUAGUAAUACAGGCUUAACUGAGAUUGCCUCUAUGUAUGAUAUGCUUAAUAAGUGGGAAAAAAGUCUAGAUUUGGAUUUUCAAGCUAUGGCCGUUGCAAUGAAAAAAAAGUUUGAUAAGUAUUGGGGUGAUGUGGAAAAAAUGAAUAUGCUUGUUUAUGUUGCCGCUAUUCUUGAUCCUCACUCCAAGUUCUUAGUUGUUGAAUUGACAUUAUGUGAUAUGUAUGGAAUUGAAAAGGGCAAGAAACUUGGUAGUUAUGUGAAGGAUUACACUUAUAAGUUAUUUGAUGAAUAUAGAAUGAUGUAUUCCUCUUAUAUGCCUGAAAGUGGAAACAAUGGAGAUCCUAUGUCACUUGAUGAAAUAAAUGAUGGAGACUAUAAGAAAAAUCUUUUUGAUAGAGCUAAAAGAUUGAAGGAGACAACUGGAUAUGUGAAUAGUGAGUUGGAUAGAUAUAUAAAUGACCAAUUAGGCCCGCUAGAAGAAGAAAUGGAUGCAUUAACUUGGUGGGGUAAUAAUGGAUAUCGUUAUCCUACUCUUCAACGCAUGGCACGUGAUAUACUAGCUAUCCCAUUGUCCACCGUUGCAUCGGAAUCUGCUUUUAGCACGGGAGGUCGUCAUCUAGAUCCAUUUCGAAGUUCGUUGUCUCCUUUGAUGGUUCAAGCUCUAAUUUGCGCAAAUGAUUGGCUUAAAGCAAGGGGAUUACCAUGUGUUGAUGUGGAAGAAACUUUGAAAGACUUGGAAGAAAUGGAGAAAGAAAUAGAAGUUGAUGAUGAGGAUCAUGAGGUCGUGUUUGUGGACUCAGUUGGUGUGCUUUAA